CUCUUGGUGAGCCAGCCUCAGGCGGGACUCUCUCGCGAGACCUAAGAAGGACCGCGCCUGCGCCUUGCGGUAGCGCCUUGUGGAACCUGGUUUGCCGACCGGUGUGUGAAGAAAAGACUGUGUGCAGCCUCUGGGUCUUCUCUGUGGCACUCGCCACUAUGAGCAGUACCUUAGCUAAGAUCGCGGAGAUAGAAGCCGAGAUGGCUCGGACUCAGAAGAACAAGGCCACAGCACACCACCUAGGGCUACUGAAGGCCCGCCUUGCUAAACUCCGGCGAGAGCUCAUUACUCCAAAAGGCGGUGGUGGUGGUGGACCAGGAGAAGGUUUUGAUGUUGCCAAGACAGGUGAUGCUCGAAUUGGGUUUGUGGGUUUUCCCUCUGUGGGGAAGUCAACACUGCUCAGUAACCUGGCAGGAGUGUAUUCUGAGGUGGCAGCCUAUGAAUUUACUACUCUGACCACUGUGCCUGGUGUCAUCAGAUACAAAGGUGCCAAAAUCCAGCUCCUGGAUCUCCCAGGUAUCAUUGAAGGUGCCAAGGAUGGGAAAGGUAGAGGCCGUCAAGUCAUUGCAGUGGCCCGAACCUGUAACUUGAUCCUGAUUGUUCUGGAUGUCCUGAAACCCUUGGGACACAAGAAAAUAAUUGAAAAUGAGCUGGAAGGAUUUGGUAUUCGCUUGAACAGCAAACCCCCCAAUAUUGGCUUUAAGAAGAAGGACAAGGGAGGCAUUAAUCUCACAGCCACUUGCCCUCAGAGUGAGCUGGAUGCUGAAACUGUGAAGAGCAUUUUGGCUGAAUACAAAAUUCAUAAUGCUGACGUGACUCUUCGUAGCGAUGCCACAGCCGAUGACCUCAUUGAUGUGGUGGAAGGAAAUAGAGUUUAUAUCCCCUGUAUCUAUGUGUUAAAUAAGAUUGACCAGAUCUCCAUUGAGGAAUUGGAUAUUAUCUAUAAGGUACCUCAUUGUGUACCUAUCUCUGCCCAUCACCGCUGGAAUUUUGAUGACUUGUUGGAAAAGAUCUGGGACUAUCUGAAACUAGUGAGAAUUUACACCAAACCCAAGGGGCAGUUACCAGAUUACACUUCUCCAGUGGUACUGCCUUAUUCCAGGACCACAGUGGAAGAUUUCUGCAUGAAGAUUCACAAAAAUCUUAUCAAAGAAUUUAAAUAUGCUCUGGUCUGGGGUCUGUCUGUGAAACACAAUCCUCAAAAAGUGGGUAAAGAUCAUACCUUGGAGGACGAGGAUGUCAUUCAGAUUGUGAAGAAAUGAUACAUGCCCUUUUUCCCAUCUUCUGGGCCAACCACAGCAACUUUUCCCAUAACCAACCACCCUACUCUCAACUCUUGGGUUUGGUAGCCACUGGAUCAGGAUUCUGGUGAGGGAGUUGGAGGCACCCAAACUGGAACUUGACUUGUCUUACCAAGGUGUCACUUUGUAUGUCGAACUUCAUAAAAGACCUGGUAGGCCAGCU